CGACAGUGCGGCGCCCGACGGGCACCUGCUCCGACCGCGUUCGUCCGCGGCGUCAACGAGCAGGAGGAGCCGGGGUUCAGACUCCGGGGAGGCAAGCCCCACCCGGACCCCCCCGCCGGAAAAAACAUUCCAGGUAGACAAGUCCAGGCGCUGGUGCGAGGCCACGGCGCUGUCAAGGAAAGGAACCGCUAAGAGAGCGUCGUCUGCUGCCGCAUCUCGCGAAGCUCCGUCGCGGCCGAGACGGGACGAGAGCACCAUGAGAGAUGUCAAGAUGGCCGAACUGAAGGUGGAGGCACCGCUGGCUCGGACUGAAGAGUGGUCCGACUUCAGCGACUUCCAGAGCUCCGAGGACGUGGAGAACUCGAACGCGACCUCCAACAAGUCGACGCCUUCCUCGACCACCGACGGCGGCACCAACAACGGCGUCAACCAGGCGGCCAACAACGACAACUCAUUCGCUGACUGCAACUUCAGCGAGACGUUCUCCAAUUCGCUCGAAGAUCUGGUGAACACCUUCGACGACAAGAUCACAAAGUGCUUCUGCGACUACGACGAGAACGUGGAGAAGCUAGCGCCCGUGCAAAUCCGAACGCAGGAGGAAAUACUGAACGAAUGUCAGACUUGGUGGACGAUCACUGGCAACUUUGGCAACAUCCUGCCCAUCGACUGGUCCAAGUCUUACGCCAGGAAACUGCAGCUGCCAGCGCUCAACCUGAAUGAACGAGUGAAGUCUGAAAGGCUGGAUGGUGGACUUGACAAUGGCUCGGAUGAUGAAGAGGAGCUGGCCAAGGAUCUGGACCUUCACGCGCUCAUCCUGUCCAGCCUACAGCAGGAGCCCAUCUUCACAGCCGAGCAGGUGCUUGAGGAGAUUGACGAGAUCAUGCAGGAGACCGCCCCUUCGGAAGGGGUUCCAUCACCUGAUGGCUCCCCGGAGAAGACGGCCAAUGAUACCAUGACCAAAAAUGCUAUCUCGUCACUCGUCUAUGGAGAAAGGCUCAAGACGCUGUCAACGGCUGAGCUGAACGAGGUGCUGGUGGAGCUGGAACGGCUGAUCCGCGAGCACUCGGAGACGCUCAUCCAGGAGCUGGCUCUGCGGGACGAGCUCGAGUACGAGAAGGAACUCAAGAACACCUUCAUCUCUCUGCUGCUCAGCGUGCAGAACAAGCGCCGGCACUUCCACAUUGACCGGCGCAAGGGGCGCCCAGCCAACUAUCAUAGCGCACCCGAACCCAAGUAUCUCACUACGGUGAUUCCCUACAAUGUCGACAAGGGUUCUCCAAACAACGCCUCCUUACAGAUCCUCAUCAAAAUUCUCCACGCCAUCAAUGAUGACAGUCCCACAGUGCCGACGCUCUUGACAGAUUACAUCCUGAAAGUUUUAUGUCCGACGUAAAGCAAGGUGACGCCGAGAAGCGAACGCCUUUUCUGGAUCAUUCUUACGGCCCACCCUGGCGCCGACCUCGGCCCUCGGCUCUCGUCCCGCACAUCACGAGGUUGGCAUCCAACGAUGGCGACCGAAGGCUGAAGUCUGAGAAAGCGCUUGUGCCACGUCAUCCUGGGAAAACUGGUCGCUAGGGUUUUACGACGUCACUGUUCUCUUUGUUCGCGCUACGUGUUGUGCG